UAUAACCCAAAACAUUCCGCUUCAAACAAAACCACAUCAGCAAAACUUUAUCCAAAUUAAUAUGUCCGGAUACCCUCAACGACCGCCCGGCUACGGUUACGGCCCAGCUCAGCCGUCUCCAUACGGCGCUCCAUCGACAGCUCAGCCAUACUCUGCUCAGCACGGUGCUCCACCGACGGCUCAACCCUCCUCUGCUCAUCCAUAUGCACCACCGAAGACUCAACCGUACUACGCUCAACCGUAUGCAGCUCCUUCCGCACCCUCCUACAGCUCUCCAACUCCAGCCGGCUAUCCUCCGUCGUCGGGACAGAUAGGCAACCCGUUCGGGACUCUACUGCCGUCGACUUUCCCGCCAGGCACGGAUCCGAACAUCAUUGCCUGCUUUCAGGUUGCCGAUCGUGACGGAAGUGGACUCAUCGACGAUAAGGAGUUGCAGGGAGCUCUCUCUUCGUAUAAUCAGAGCUUCAGCUUGAGGACCGUUCAUCUUCUCAUGUACUCGUUCACUAACACAAACGCCAGGAAGAUCGGGCCUAAGGAAUUUACCGCCGUGUUUCACAGUCUUCAAAGUUGGAGGGCCAUAUUUGAGAAGGUAGACAGAGACAGGAGUGGAAAGAUUGAUGCAAAUGAGUUGCGGGAAGCACUUCUUAGUCUGGGAUUUGCUGUUUCACCCGUGGUAUUGGAUCUACUUGUAGCUAAGUUUGACAAAACCGGAGGCAAAAGUAGGGCCAUUGAAUAUGAUAAUUUCAUCGAGUGUUGCCUCACAGUUAAGGGAUUGACAGAGAAAUUUAAGGAGAAGGACAGCUCGUACACGGGAUCUGCAACUUUCAACUACGAGUCAUUUAUGAUGGCUGUUCUGCCAUUCCUUAUCGCCUAAGUUGGAGGUUUUAAAGUUCAUUCAAUUCUGACUUGGACGUCAACGGUGAUGCAAUUUCUCUAUUUGAACAAGUGUGGUUCUAUUUUCGUGGCUGUAAACAAGUUGAAGUUGUGUUUGAAUCGGGUACUUAGUUCUAUGAAUCUAUGUUUGAAUCGGAUACGAAAUCAACUCCUCCAAGCCUAUUUGUGUCUGUGUGCUCUGAUUUUUAUUUAGUUAUGCCAAAAACUGUUUGAAAUUUUAAA